CGAAGAAGAAGAGGAACCCAAAGUAAGCAGCAUGGCGGCAGACAUGAGAUUACCAGAUAUUCGAAAACCAGUGUCACUUUCCACUUUCGACCGAAAGGAUCUGGUGGUUCCCGGCGAUGUGAUCACGUCAGACACCGGUUUCAUGAGGGGUCAUGGUACCUAUGUUGAUGAAGACAAGCUGACAGCUUCAGUCGCUGGAGAGGUGCAGAGAGUUGACAAGCUGAUCUGUGUCAGACCUCUCAAGACCAGAUUCAAUGGUGAGGUUGGAGACGUGGUGGUUGGGAGAAUUACAGAGGUACAACAGAAACGCUGGAAGGUCGAGACCAACUCUCGGCUGGACUCUGUCCUCUUGUUGUCCUCUGUCAAUCUGCCUGGAGGAGAGCUGAGGAGAAGAUCAGCAGAAGAUGAGCUCACCAUGAGAGAAUACCUUCAGGAGGGCGAUCUCAUCAGUGCGGAGGUGCAGUCUGUCUUCGCAGAUGGAGCUUUAUCACUUCACACCCGUAGUUUAAAGUACGGAAAAUUGGGUCAAGGGGUGGUGGUACAGCUUUCUCCUUCUCUGAUCAAGAGGCAGAAGUCACAUUUCCAUAACCUGCCGUGUGGCGCAUCCAUUAUUCUCGGGAAUAACGGUUAUGUGUGGUUGUAUCCAACACCAGAAAACCAGGAGGAGGAGGCUGGGGGCUUCUACACCAGUUUGGAGCCAGUGAGCCUGUCGGAUCGAGAAGUGAUUUCACGGUUGAGGAACUGCCUGUUAGCGUUGGCUGCACACAAGGUCCUUUUGUUUGACACCAGUGUUCUCUACUGCUAUGAAUCUUCACUCCAACACCAGGUCAAGGACAUCUUGAAACCAGAAGUGAUGGAGGAGAUUGUAAUGUUGACACAACAGAAGCUGUUGGAACACGAAGCUUAGAGAACUAACUGUGAUCUUGAGACAAGAUCAAGACCAUAUCAAGCAUCUAUACAUCAAGGACCGACCACCCACCUGAAGACUGAUCGUUUUUCACAGAAUCAUCUGUAUUGUGACAGCCUGAUGGACAGUUAAACAGUUCUAAGUUUAUUUUUUGAAAAUAAGCUGCAGACCGUUAUUUGACAGCUAAUGAAAGAGAUGAGUAACUUGAAAGAUACUGCAACAUUCAAAAUUCACUCAAGCAGCUUUUGACAUUUAACACAGAAAUAGCAGAACACUUUGUACAAAAAAAAACUGUUGUAUGCAAUAAAUGUUCUAUAAUUUUCA